UGCGCGAUGCCAGUCGGUUCUCACCCGCGGUCGCGAGAGGUACGUCUUCCCCUCGAGUGCAAAGAUAAAAAAAAGGCAUUAAAACGAAAAAACGCCACAGGCUGUUUGCGCCACGUCGAUGAGAAUCCAAUUGAAGAAAACAACAAUUUAAAUUUGAAUCAGUGAACCGGCAACACCCGGUGCUAAUACGCGGUGGAAAAACCUAAAAAAGCGACUGCGCGUUCGACUAUUCGAUAUAUCUAUAUCAAUAUAUCGAGGUGGUAGGGGGAGGCUUGUCCACUUGAUCGUCACAUGAUACCGAGGCUUUUGCAUUAAUAAUAGUGCGCAACUGCCCUCGAGGUCUAAAGACUGCAGACGCAUCACUUCCAAAGGCCGUGAGAAUGUCGAGUUCUCCAGUUCUGGGUGAGGAAAGGGCUGAGCUGGUGGAUGAGCCCCUGUUCAGUACUCUGGACAUCGUCCUCCUGGGGGCUCUUCUCCUGGCCGGGAUAUGGUACCUCAUGAGGAGGAAUAAACAGGAGGAUUACACCCCCUCGACAAAAUCGUAUUCCAUUCAGCCGACGACAUUCAGCGUUCCCACACCCUCGGAAAAUUCAUUCAUAAAAAAACUCAAGACCUCGGGACGCAGUCUCGUAGUUUUCUAUGGAAGCCAGACAGGAACUGGUGAGGAAUUCGCUGGAAGACUCGCCAAGGAAGGGGUCAGGUACCGCAUGAAGGGCAUGGUAGCUGAUCCAGAAGAGUGUGACAUGGAAGAUUUGGUGAAUCUCAAGUCCAUUCCCAAUAGUCUCGCGGUUUUUUGUCUGGCGACUUAUGGCGAGGGCGAUCCCACGGAUAAUGCAAUGGAGUUUGUGGAUUGGUUGAAAAAUGGAGAUGCAGAUCUCAAUGGGCUAAGCUAUGCGGUGUUUGGACUCGGUAAUAAGACUUACGAGCAUUACAAUGAAGUCGCCAUUUACGUGGAUCAUCGCCUGGAGCAAUUGGGUGCAACUAGAGUCCACGAGCUGGGCCUAGGGGAUGACGACGCAAACAUCGAGGACGACUUCAUCACGUGGAAGGACAAGUUCUGGCCAGCAGUCUGCGAAUUUUUCGGUAUCGAAGGAGCUGGAGAAGACGUCAGCAUCCGGCAAUACAAACUCACCGAACACCUGGAGAUGCCUGCCGAGAGGAUCUACACCGGAGAAAUCGCAAGACUUCAUUCCCUGAAGACUCAGAGGCCACCCUACGACGCGAAGAACCCGUACUUGGCCCCGGUGAAGGUAAAUCGGGAGCUUCACGGGCCUUCAUCAGAGCGUUCCUGCAUGCACAUAGAAUUUGACAUCGAGGGCUCUAAAAUGCGUUAUGAUGCGGGUGACCACGUGGCAGUUUACCCAGUGAACAGCUCCGAUCUUGUGGCAAAAAUCGGGGAAAAAUGCGGUGUCGACCUUGACACAGUGAUAACCCUGACGAACACCGACGAGGAGUCGACGAAAAAACAUCCAUUCCCCUGCCCCUGCAGCUACAGAACAGCCCUGACCCACUACCUAGACAUUACAGGUAAUCCGAGGACUCACGUCCUGAAGGAGCUCGCAGAGUACUGCUCGGAGCCCGAGGACAAGGAGAGGCUCAAGCUCAUGGCCUCGACGACUGCCGAGGGGAAGGCCCUAUACUCCGAUUGGAUCGUCAACGACAACAGAAACAUCGUUCACAUCCUCGAGGACAUAAAGAGCCUGAAACCCGCUCUCGAUCAUCUCUGCGAGCUCCUCCCAAGGCUCCAGUGCAGGUACUACUCGAUCUCGUCGUCUUCGAAGAUGUUCCCCACGUCGAUUCACAUCACAGCUGUCGUGGUGGAGUACAAAACUCCCACAGGAAGAGUCAACAAGGGUGUGACGACAACUUGGCUGAAGGAAAAACACCCGACAGAUCCCCCCAGCACUGUACCAAUUUUUGUGAGGAAGAGCCAGUUCAGACUCCCCUCCAGGCUCAUCACACCCAUCAUCAUGGUUGGUCCUGGCACUGGUAUUGCACCAUUCAGGGGUUUCAUACAGGAGAGGGAUCUGGCCAGAAAGGAUGGAAAAGACGUGGGGGACACUAUUCUCUAUUUUGGAUGCAGAAGGAGGGAAGAGGACUUUUUGUAUCACCAGGAACUUGAGGAGUACGUGAAGAGUGGAACUCUCAAGCUUCACACUGCCUUCAGCAGGGAGCAGGACAAGAAGGUCUAUGUUACUCAUCUUCUGGAGAAGAAUAUGGAUGAGAUAUGGGAUGUCAUUGGGGCCAAGAAUGGACAUGUCUACAUUUGUGGGGAUGCUCGCAACAUGGCACGCGACGUGCACAAUAUUCUUCUUAAAGUCGUCCAGGAAAAGGGCAAGAUGACAGAAAUGGAGGCGACCAAUUAUAUAAAGAAAAUGGACUCACAGAAGCGUUACUCGAGCGAUGUCUGGAGUUGAAUAUUUUUAUUCUAUACAAAUUUUAUAAUAUUUGUAUUAAUUGUGAUCGAGGGCUGGUGGAGCUCCAAUGGCUCCAGGUACCUAGAUAAACGAAACAAAUUUUUAUUCUGUAUAUAAUGAACAAUUAGAUAAUAAUUAAUUCAUCAGGGAAGUGGUGGAUCGGGUAGAGUUGAAUUUUCCCUAAAUCCAGUAAUUACCGAGAUAAUUGCAUUCCUACAAAAUUGUAAAAUCGACAAUUUUUUUACGUUUCAUCUCUUCUUUGGUGAAUAUAAUCAUUUAGUUUGUUCGAUUUCAGAUGAAAUAUUCAAAGCGCAUUCUGUGCGAAAUUUAUUUUGAAGUUCUCUUUAUUUCAGUUCAUCACUGGCAUUGUGUAGAUACAAUGAUCAUUUCUAGUUUAUUUUAAUGUACAUGUAUAUUAAGUGAACGAACUAACUGAACAAUAAUUAACAUUAAUCGAUAGUUUAAUCAAAGCGCAAGGGAAGGGAGAAUAUUUUACAAUUCUAUGAGAUGAAAUAAAUGUUUAGAAAAAAUUUGUUAUCGUGAUUUCAACGUGAAGUCAAUCGUUAUGUUGUAAUAACGCUUACAUAGAUUGUAAUCGGUAUUUGUAAUAGAAAAAUGCAGUUAAGGAUUA